AUGACGGUGGCCCCCCGGUAUGCUGCCUAUGAAGACGUCCAUGACACUGGCCACCUGGUCCCACUGGCGCUGCCACAAGACCUCAGCAAAGAUCACCCGCCCCAUGGGCGCCUGUUCUUCUGCCGAGAGGCUGGCGUGGACCGCGUCUUCAUCGACCACAGCUUGUUCCAGCCCUCUGCCGAGGACGACCGCUCCACGGCCCUCAUAUACCCUUCUGGGUAUGCACCAUGGGUGCCGGCGGAGAACCUGGAGAUCUGUUACAGUGUGUUAUGUCAAGCUGCACUGGGGGCACCUUUGAUACUCUGGCCCUGGAGCGAUCAGGGCCGGGUGGAGAGGCCAUUGGGUGUGGAAAGUGGCAAGGUAGGGCAUGGAAGUGGAGGGAGGGGAGGUUGGCAGGGUGGGAGGCGACCAAGGGGAUUUGAGACAGGGGAUGGCGUUGGACCUGAUGAGGGCCCCAGAGGGAGCAUUGAGAAAGGAGGGGAGAGCAGCGCGGUGGUGUUUGUGUGCAACGACUGGCCCUGCGGCCUGCUGCCAUUGUGGCUGGAGCUGUACAAGGGGAUGAUCGGACAAGAUGGAAAAGGAGAUAUUACCCAGGCAAGGGCUGUAGCCAUUGCUGGGGUUGCGGGGGGCCGAUCGGCAAUGGUGCCUUCAAGCAUUGUGAAUGAACUGGAGGUCGAGGGUGGGUGUGCUCCAUGUGUGGCUGUGCAUGAAGAAGCCAAGGAGAGUUCAACUGCACCAGAUCACUCUGAUGGUGAAAUGGGUGCAGAGGCAGAUCCCCACCUUCCAGCAGCGUACUUCGAAAGCCUCAGACGAAGCAACGCCAUCCAUCAAAUUGAGUUAGCAAAGUUCCAGGCAAAGGUGGGUGCGAGGUUGGCAGACUCCCGGCUGGCCUUUGCCAUCCAUAAUGUGGCCUACCAAGGCAAGUUCCACCCAGAGACCUUUCCCAGGCUGUGCCUGCCCAAUGAGGCCACACCUCGCUUGCUGUGGUGGCCUGGGUCCACUGGUAUUGCCAGCGAUCUGAGCACGGAGAGUGCAGCAGGAGUGAUUGCAGGGGACACGGGGUCCGUGCCGUGGCAGCUGAACUGGCUGAAGGCUGGUCUGACAUGCAGUGACGUUGUAGUGACAGUGAGCCCUGGCUAUGCGACUGAGCUGAUGCGGGACAAGGCGAAGGGGUGUGGGAUGGGGGAUGUGUUGAGGCAGUUGGGGAUCAAAGGGAUCAUGAAUGGCAUCGAUGUGGAGGUGUGGAACCCGAGGCAGGACCAGUUUCUGGGAGAAAGUUUGCAGUUUGGACUGGAGGAUGUGGAGGAGGGGAAGCGUAGAGUGAAGGCUGCUCUCCAGGAACGCAUUGGCCUGGACAUCAAUCCUGACAUUCCCUUGUUCGGCUUCGUGGGCCGCAUGGACCACCAGAAGGGAGCAGACGUCAUAUUGGCGGCUGCUUCAGCCUUGUUCUGCCACCCCACACAGGCUCAAGCCAUGCCAAGCUCAUCCCCCGCCAAAACCUCUGAGCGGCAGCUAGUUGUGCUUGGUCGAGGGGAAGCAAUGCUGGAAACCGGGAUCCAGGGUCUGCAGGUUUCAUUUCCAGGCAAGGCAGCUGGGGUUGCAGAAUUUGAUGAGGAGCUGGCCCACCUCAUAAUCGCCGGCAGCGACUUCCUCCUCAUCCCAUCCAGGUUUGAGCCUUGCGGUCUGGUGGCACUGUGCACUGUGCGGUAUGGCACCAUCCCCAUUGCUUCCCCUGUAGGGGGCCUCAAGGACCUCCUGGGAGACGGGCGGUUGGGGUACCUGCUGCCUGAAGCUCCAUGGGACGUUGCCCUGCGACAGGCAGUGACUGGCCUUGUGAACACUAUGGAGAAGGCCAUGUUGGACUGGCACACCCAGAAGUUCUACGCGAUGAGGAAGGCAUGCAUGCAGGUGCGGGGCUGGGCAUUGGACAGCUGGGAGACAGCAGUGAGGAGUUUCGCUGGUCUUGAUCUGCAGAUUCAUUCCUGUGCAGCUGCCGUAAUAACUUCAUUUUGCACUGAGCACUGGUGA